AUGGCUGCUCCGCUCGUAACCGUUUCCGAGAGCAAGGACCUUCGCGGUCUCAACCUCAUCGCAGCUCACUCUCACAUUCGCGGCCUCGGCGUCGAUGCCACGACCCUGGAGCCCCGUGCUGCCUCGCAAGGCCUUGUCGGCCAGGAAAAGGCGCGCAAGGCUGCAGCUGUCAUUCUGCAGAUGAUCAAGGAUGGCAAGAUUGCUGGGCGCGCCUGCCUGAUUGCUGGACCUCCCAGCACUGGAAAGACUGCCAUUGCCAUGGGCAUGGCUCAGUCGCUCGGCCCCGACGUGCCCUUUACCUCGCUCGCCUCGUCCGAAAUCUUCUCCCUCGAAAUGUCCAAAACGGAAGCCCUCACGCAGGCCUUCCGCAAGUCGAUCGGUGUGCGCAUAAAGGAGGAGAGUGAGAUUAUGGAGGGCGAGGUUGUCGAGAUUCAGAUUGACCGCAGCGUCACCGGCACUGCCAAGCAGGGCAAGCUGACCAUCAAGACGACCGAUAUGGAGGCCGUCUACGACAUGGGCACCAAGAUGAUUGACGCCAUGACCAAGGAGCGCGUGAUGGCCGGCGAUAUCAUCUCGAUUGACAAGUCGUCGGGCAAGAUCACCAAGCUCGGCCGCUCGUACGCGCGCUCGCGCGACUACGACGCCAUGGGCGUCGACACCAAGUUCCUUCAGUGCCCCGACGGCGAGCUGCAGAAGCGCAAGGAGGUUGUCCACACGGUGACGCUGCACGAGAUCGACGUCAUCAACUCGCGCACGCAGGGCUUCCUCGCGCUCUUUUCGGGCGACACGGGCGAGAUUCGCAGCGAGAUCCGCGACCAGAUCAACACCAAGGUCGGCGAGUGGAAGGAGGAGGGCAAGGCUGAGAUUGUGCCCGGCGUGCUCUUCAUCGACGAGGUGCACAUGCUCGACAUUGAGUGCUUCUCGUACAUCAACCGCGCCCUCGAGGACGACCUGGCGCCCAUUGUCAUCAUGGCCAGCAACCGCGGCCACGCGCGCAUCCGCGGCACCGACUACCGCAGCCCGCACGGCCUGCCGCUCGACUUCCUCGACCGCGUCGUCAUCAUCAACACGCACCCCUACGCCUCGGACGAGAUCAAGCAGAUCCUGACGCUCCGCGCGCAGGAGGAGGAGAUUGACGUCUCGGCCGACGCGCUCGCGCUGCUGACCAAGAUUGGCCAGGAGGCCGGCCUGCGCUACGCGAGCAACCUCAUCAGCACCUCGCAGCUCCUCUCCGCCAAGCGCCGCGCCAAGCAGGUCGCCAUCGAGGACGUCCAGCGCAGCUUCCAGCUCUUCUACGAUCCCGCCCGCAGCAUUGAGUUUGUGAGCAAGUCGGAGAAGCGUCUCAUCGGUGAUGACGGCGCCGUCGACCUGACGGCCACUGCCAACGGCGCUGCGCCGGCUGCCGGCGCCGAAGGUAUGGACCUGAGCUAG